GCCUCUAACAAGGCAGUCAAUUAUGAUAAAAUCAGAGAAAUCAUGCAGGCCCCUGACGAAAACCCGGCUGUUUCUCAACCGAUUAACCAAGGCUCUAGCUCUAUAUACUCGCCUCAAUCCGGCCUCGCUGGCCGGGGCGACUGUCCUGGCUACCCACUUUAUCUCCCAGUCGGCGCCAGACAUUCGAAAAAAACUAAAAAAAGCGGAGGAGGGACCACAGACUCCCAUCGCCGACCUAGUGAAAAUGGCCUUUAAAGUUUUUAACUUCCGGGAGGAGGCAGCUGAGCUGAAACGACAGGCCAGACUCCAGCAAAAGGUCCCGCUAUAAACUGCUCUGGUGGCAGCCCUGCGGCCGGCCGGCUCCCGGAGCCAACAUAAAAGGGGAACCAACCACACCCCUCCGGGGGCCUGUUUCAAAUGCGGAGCUGAGGGACACUGGUCCCGUCAAUGUCCCAAUCCAAAAGAGCCCACCCGACCCUGUCCCCAGUGCCGACUGACGGACACUGGAAAUCCGCCUUCCCAAGCCUCGGGGGAUCCUCAGCGCCUCCACGUGGGGGAAACACCGAGACAGUAAGUCCUGCUCUCCAGCUACUUGGAUUAGAGGAGGGCUGACGGGGCCCAGACUCGGACACCCCUCUCACCCAGGCCGAGCCCAGGGUCAUGCUCCAGGUAGCGGGCUGGAUUGAAGCAUUUCCCACGGCCCGGGAGACAGCAGAUGUAGUGGCCACUAUCCUCAUCGAACACAUCAUUCCAUGAUUUGGACUGCUCCGAACUCUGCAGUCGGACAACAGACCUUCCUUCGUUUCCAGCAUCACUCACCAGGUGGCAGAAACCCUUAACAUCACCUGGAAACUCGACAUCCCUUACCAUCGCCAGUCAUCGGGUAAGGUAGAAAAGGCAAACGGACUGCUGAGGGCCCAACUCACUAAACUUUAGAAACUCACCUCUCGUGGCCCAAUUUACUACCCCUUGCCCUCAAUCGACUCAGGGCGACUCCCCGCGGGCCCUCGGGAUUAAGUCCUUUCGAACUUCUAUAUGGGCAGCCAUUUCUCCUAACUCACAACCUCCCGGCCUCCCCUCCACCCCUCCUUUCAUACCUGGCCUACCUGACCCUCCUCCGGGCCCUUUUACAAGCCCAUGCUGACGCAGUCAUACCAGCCCCAGACACCCAUGGUGAAGGGGAGGCCACCACCCAAACCUUACUCCCUGGAGACCAGGUCCUCCUUAGGGACUUACAACCAGGUUCCCUCCAGCCACGGUGGUCUGGAUCCCACACCGUCAUCCUCACCACCUCAACUGCAGCAAAAUUGCUGGGGCAUCAGCCCUGGGUACACAUCAAUAACCUUAAGCGGGCACCAAAAUCAGAUGAUUGGACCUCGCAGAUGGUGGGCCCAACCCAACUUCGGCUGGUACGUACUCCUAAUCCUGGUUCUUCUACACCCCCUGGUCUGGGCAACUGAAUGUAACCGGUGUAUGCAUGGCAGUGGACAAAGAAGGUAUUUCCAAUCCUAUACCUAUAUGCCCAAAAUAUGCUACGAAGGAAAAACCCCAAUCACUUGUACCUCCACUCAUGCCCCAGGAAAAACCUUUUGGGCCUCUGAACUUAAUGCCCAGAGGACAACAAAAUCUCCCUGCAACCAAUACCCCAAGACAGGAACCGUCUGCUGGACUUACCUAGCCCAAAUAGGACUCUCUGACGGGGGAGGAGUCCAAGACCAAGCUAAACACAAUCAGACCAAACAAAUGCUCCAAAACCUACAUACCCAACGACAGGCCCAGAUCACCCCUACUUACAGGGGACUCAACCUCGAUACCCUACAAAAUUUUCUCCCCACUGACCAACUGACUAAUACUCUAAUAAACUCUAGUUACAACCUCUGGCAGAACCUGACUGGCGACCGCGACUGUUGGGUCUGUUUCCCUUUCUCUACCAUUACCAAUAUCAUCGGAAUCCCCAUCCCAACAACGUGGCGCCUCCCCAAUAUCACUACUACUAACCAAACGGUCCACACGGGGGCCCUGGGAAAACCAAUACCUAUCUAUAACCUCUCCUCAACCCAGGACAUUCUCACCUUCAACGCCUCAUCUGCCAGCUCCUCCCUCCCCUACUGUACCCCUCCUGGAAUAUUUCUCUCAUGUCCGGAGGGGAUCUACCGCUGCCUAACUGCCAGUGAUUCCCUAAACUGCAUCUUUAUUCUCCUAUCCCCUUCAACCAACAUCUAUUCACAUACUCAGCUCCUGUCUCUCUUAUUCCCAACACACCGAGCCAAACGAGCGGUUUUCGUUCCCCUUCUCAUUGGGGCAGGCCUAGCCACUGGCAUCGCCACCGGGGUGGCAGGCCUCGGAACUUCCAUAAAUUUUUAUUACAAACUCUCCCAGGCCCUCAAUGAGGACAUGGAACGAAUCGCCGAUUCCCUCACUGCUCUACAGACCCAGAUUACUAGUCUUGCAGCCGUAGCCCUACAAAACAGACGGGCUUUAGACCUCCUGACGGCUGAAAAAGGGGGAACCUGCCUCUAUCUGAAGGAGGAGUGUUGCUACUACGUUAACCAAUCAGGCAUAGUCACAUCCAAAGUUCGUGAACUCAGGGACCGAAUCCAGGCGAGGCGCCAGGACUCCCACAUAUGGGGUCUAGACCCCCAUGCCUGGGUAACCUGGCUCCUGCCCCUGGCGGGACCCCUAUGCUUAAUCCUGCUAUCAAUCUCGGUUGCCCCCUGUCUUAUUAGGUAUCUGUGGGAGCGGCUCCAGGAAAUGUCCCGAGUCUCAGUAAAUCAACUCCUCCUGCAGCCCUACUCUCGCCUGCCCACCUCCGACUACCCCUAUAACGACGCCCACCCGUCAGCAGGAAGUAGCCGGAACUGAAUCGACGCCCCUUCCAUCUAUAUUUAAAACAAAAGGUCGGAAUGUUGGGCCGGCUGAGAGGUGGGGCAGAGACGCCACAGAAUGGCAGACCUUCUUAAGAUGGCUGACCUUCCCACCACUACAUCGAUGACUGUUACUACACUGGCAGGAAACAGAAAUUUAAACCUUCCAAUCCUGGACUUUGCAGUCAAGAGACUGCCCCUGUUAUCUGAACCCCCACUAACAGUCCAUAAAACCCCACCACCACCCAACCAGGGCGCAACUUCCCUGACUCCCUUUCUUGAGUCACGGAACCUCGCCCAAGGGUGCAUACAGUAAAACUCCUUCUGUGGA